GGCGUGUUCAAACAGGUCACAAACACUUUAAACCUCUGUCUCAUUUCCUGAAAGUCCAUGUGUAGAUCUUAGACUGCCCUGCUUAAGGUGUGGCCUAAACCACAGGUGAUCUACAAAACUUUGCCUAACCAACGGCAUUCUUUUUCAGGCAUUCUUGUGACAAUGGCAGGAAAACAUCUCAUGUUGUGGAUCUUCACUCUGAGCGUUUCAUUUGAUCCCUCAGCUGGUCACAUUUCUGAGAUCGAUGGAAAAAGGGUCUAUGAUGUAGUUCGACCAAUCAGGUUACAUGACCUGCAAAAAAGAGAUUUAACGUCAAGACCUGACACAGUCCAAUAUGCUAUGACGCUGGGUGGAAGAGACAUUGAAAUGCAUCUUCAGAAAAAUGAUGAUAUACUGACAGACGAUUACAGUGAGACCCACUAUACUGAAGAUGGGGUUCUUGUCACAACCACACCUGAGGAUCUGGACUUAUGUUACUACCAUGGGAAAAUUGUGAAUGAUAGCGAAUCGACAGUUAGCAUGAGCACUUGUGAUGGACUCCGAGGCUAUUUCCAGACAGCAGAGCAGAGGUUUCUGAUCGAGCCGUUAUCUGAAAACGCUGAUGGCGACCACGCUGUCUUCAAAUAUGGAGACAUAAAUGAGGAUAAACCUGCGGUGUGUGGAGUCACCAACACUAGCUGGGAUGAGAGUGGGGACGGUGUCCCUCCACGCUUAAGCAAAUCCCGCUCUCGUUUUUCAGGGCCAACUUUGUUUCAGCAACAAAAAUACAUUGAGUUGUUCCUUGUGGCUGACCACAGAGAGUACGUGAAAAUGGACAGAGACCUCAACAAGCUGAGAAGCAGGAUAUUUGAAAUCAUGAAUUAUAUUAAUAAUGCAUAUAAGGAAAUCCACACAUUUGUCGCUCUGACUGGUUUAGAAGUAUGGUCGGACAGCGAUAAAAUAACCGUGUCCUCUGCUUCUGGAGCAACCUUGGAUGGCUUCAGCAAAUGGAGGAACAGUGAACUCAUUAAAAGACAACGCCAUGACAACGCCCAACUUCUCAGUGCAAUUGACUUUGAUGGAGCAACUGUGGGCCUGGCUUACAUCGCAACCGCAUGUGGAGGUCUUUCAACGGGGAUUGUGCAGGAUCACAAUUCAAGGGCCAUAGCAGUGGGAGCCACAAUGGCCCAUGAGAUGGGACACAAUCUUGGCAUGAAUCAUGACAGCAACACUUGCACUUGUUCUCACAGCAGCUGCAUUAUGACACCGGCUCUCAGCUAUAACAUCCCUCAGCACUUCAGCAGCUGCAGUACUGGUAACUACGAGCAGUUCUUGAACACCAAAAACCCAGAAUGUCUUCUGAAUGUGCCUAAAGCUAAAGAUUUGAUUCAGCCUGCCGUGUGUGGAAAUGGCUUUGUGGAGACGGGAGAAGAAUGUGAUUGUGGAACAGUGCAGGAGUGUACAAAUCCAUGCUGCAAUGCAACCACCUGCAAACUGUCAGAGGGCUCACAAUGUGCAGCAGGGGAGUGUUGUGAGAAGUGUAAGAUCAUGUCACCAUCACAUGUGUGUCGUCCUAAAAACGAUGAGUGCGAUCUGCAGGAGUACUGCACUGGAAAAUCAGCGGAAUGUCCUGAAGACGUCUUUACAGUCAAUGGACUCCCUUGCAAGAAUGGAAAUGGCUACUGCUACAACGGCCAGUGCCCAUUAAGAGAAGACCAGUGCUUUAAAAUGUGGGGUCCAACUGCCGAUUUGGCUCAACAAUUCUGCUUUAAUCAAAACACAAGAGGACUGUACUAUGCCUACUGCAAGCGUAUUGCCGGCGAUAAAUUUAUUGCAUGCCAGAAACAAGAUGUGAUGUGUGGAAAACUGUUCUGUGAAAAUGGUAAUGGAAGUCCCAAUUACGGAAGGCUGGUACAAUUCAACGACAACAAAUGUAAAGCCACUUUCUACAGUAAUCCUGAAGAAGAUUACGGCCAAGUCGACAGUGGCACCAAAUGCGGGGAGGGGAGGGUUUGUAGCCAGAACGAGUGUGUUGACCUAGAGACAGCUUACAAAGCAACCAACUGUUCAGCCAAGUGCAAAGGACAUGGGGUGUGUGAUCACAGACUGCAGUGCAGAUGUGAGCCUGGAUGGCUGCCACCAGACUGUGAAACACAAACAGAGAGUGGUUUGUCUCAAGGUGUAAGUAUAGCCAUCGCUGUGAUUGUCUGCGUCCUGGUUGGGAUUAUUUUAAUUGGACUGGGCAUCUUCCUGUUGAAACGGAGACAGAGAGGAUCACAACCACCUGGACGUCCAAGCCAAGGGAAAACUCAUGUAGUUGACAUUCCUGACCUCAGGCAACAGAGACUGAUGACGCCUCACCAGAAACCUUCCCCGGUAAUCAAGCCUUCAGCUCCUCCUCCGCCUCCGCCUGUCCAGUCAAAACCUCUACAUAAUGACUUCAGAACAGCACCACAGGCUCUCAGACCACCUCCUCCUCCAAGAGUGUGACGUCCAACAACUGUGAAACAUUUAAGCAGAAGCACUAUGGGAUGGUCAGUCAUUCCAAAACUUGCAGUAAAGAUUACAAGUGUUUGAAACAGACACACAGAGGUUUAUUGAACUCUUCAGGAAAACAUGUCUGUAAACAAUAUGCUUUUACAGUGUCCUUAUUAUACUUAUUUAUUUGAUGGUGCAAAGGCAGUGAAUGUGUGUUAAUGUAUGUAAAUAUGUACAGUUUUUUGUAAAUGAGCCAUCCUUUUAAAUAAUGAAUUGUAAUGAAUUGUAUGAUCUGCCAGCAAUAUAACUGAUCCUAUUAAUCUUUUCAGUUUAUUCCUCGUGACAUCUUGUGGCCAACUGUAAAGUCACAACCUCUUAUAAAUGUUUUUGUCUAUAAAAAGUCAAUAUGAUUUUAUUUUAUAGCAAUAUGAACCAAUGAUAUAAAUGACCCCGUCCUUUGUAACAAAUACACAUUCAUUUCACAUCAUCGUAAUAAAAUGUUUACAAAGAUUAAUACGAAAAUGUAUCACUGUUGUGAUUGUAUUAUUUAUUAAAACUUACAAAUGCAAUACUAUUGUAAGAUACACACACACACACACACACACACACACACACACACACACACACACACACACACACACACACACACACACACACACACACACAGCCUAAAUUACAUUCAGCUUCUUUUCAAAAGAAAAAUAUGACCAACCGUGUGGUCUUGAAUAUUCCAUUGUUUUUUUUCUAAAAUUAUACCCCGUAAUAUAAAACAUUAAUGGUGGCUUUGCAUUACAUGAUGUGUUCAACAAAAAGACAGCUCAAUUAAAUCCCAAUAUUUUAUUUUUCAGUAUUACAUGAUUGUGCAUGAAUGUCUAUACAUUCUGACAGAGCAACUGAGCCUUGGAGUCUGUCAAGGCCCUGAGACUCUUCAUUUUAGAAAGAGAAAACAGAGCAGAAUGCAAACAAAAAUAUUGUGACCAGAACAUAAAGGAAUUUUGAGAUCUGAGCCGCCUCUUAAAAUGUCCAUAGACCACACAAUCUCUUACACCAUUAGAAAAAAAGUAGGAUCUCUGAUCAGCUGAUUAAUCUCAGUACACCACAUUUUAUUUGACUUCCAGUUGGAAUACAUGCAAAUAAAUGUAACAUAAUUUGUGACAUCUAGAUGACUGGCAUUUAUAGUGUACACAAAUGUUCCCUUUAGAGUCCUUAGACAUACUGCAUCAAUUCGAUCUUGCAAAAUGCACACAAACUUUAGGAAAUGUUGGUAGGCUGCACUGUAAUCACAUCUUUGUUUCGCUCUGUUAAAAGCUGUGAGUACAACAAACAUCUAAAGAUUCGGCUGGAUAUGAGCAUUAACAAAUUGGUCACAUUACUGGAUUUGAAUUUGCCUUUCAUGAAAUGAAAAAUCACAAUUUUAAAUCUGUCUCAAGUAAAGAACUGGUCCAAUGAAAAACGUAAAUGUUCUAAAUAACCCACAAAAAGUCAUUAAACAUCUAAAACUUUUGUCUAAAAUUCUACACCUGACAUUUAAAAAUCACUCUAGAAAUCCGGCUUGUGGGGAUGACCCUGCAAAUUGGGUGCAUGCUUGUGUGCAUAUAAAAUUAGACUUUCAACAACCUGGCAAAUCAUGAUCUGCUUUAAAAUCAGACUGUUGUUUGGUCAAAUUAAUAGACAUUCCAUGUGAUGCUUUAUGCUAUUCGUUCCUACUUUCCUCAAAGAAGCAAAAAGUAGUUAUUAAACUCAACAGAAGGUGGCGGCAUAACACAACCUUCUGUAAAUCGUAAAACCAUCCGCCACAUAAAAAACCGCACCCCAAUACCUCACGUAGUGUUACAACUGAAACCACUUUGUUAAACAUAUAUUAAGUUCAACAUGCUUUGUUAAUGUCUCAAGCACAAACCAGAUACAGUACAGAAUAAUGGUCUGUGUGAACAACCAAUGGCAGUUAAUCCCGUGCUCUCCAUCUCUGUGAAAUACGUUUACAGGGACAGUGGGACUUCCACGUUCGCAACGUCUCGAUCGGUGAAGCAUUACCCCUAGUUCACACUGCACGCGUGAGCUGCGCCGUCAGCAUAACUACAUUAUCACUGCACCUGCAGAUUCGCGAAGGUAUUCACACGCAGUCGCGAUUGUCCAGUUCAUUUUCAAAGGGAAACGUAAGCGGCAAAAGGCGGGCCGCUUCGUUGGCGGUGCGCAAGCGGUGUUCGUGCAUCCAAAAUCCUAAAAUUUCCACGGGCACGGCUCUUUGCGACAGGCGCAGCUUAAGAUACAGAUAUUUUCUUUUUGUGAACGGCAGUGGCAGCCACAUCGGCUUAAAG